GUCGAAAAAGAAAGGUUAAGGCGGAUGAACUACUGUAGUACUGCUGCAGUACUUCUACUUCUUUAGUACAUCCCCCAUUCCGACAGACUACUAAAACUUCAUGCAUUUUGUAAUGCAGCUGAUGAACCACCUGGUGCAGGGCCCGGUCAUUGCUUACCAAAACUUGUUUGAAGAUGAAGUAAUAGCACUACACAACGUAGGCUUAGCUGGUUCUUUCUUGACAAUUUCUAGUUCUGUUGCAAACAACUAUGCGCAUCAUGCCGGGCGUGCAUAAUUCCACCUCGUCGUCGUCUCGCGCCGCGAAAGGCUUCGGAAACAGGGCCGCCGCGCGUUCUUGCGGUAAUAUCAACCGUGCGGGCCGUGUCGCUGUGUUGCUGUUGACCGGAACGACGAACAACCUCGGAACUGCAUACGAACAGAAGAAGAAAAGGAAGAACACAAACACCGAGUCGGGGGGUGUGGUGGACAGCGUGAAGAAACAGGCGAGGGAGAUCGACACCAAGAUCGGCGCUUCUAAAAAGAUGAAGGAAGCUUCCGAAAGCAUCAAGAGGUUCGACGAACGAAACCUCGGUAUUGCCAAACGAAUGAAGGAGUGGCAGAAAAAGAUGCCUACCUUGCAGUGGCCUACGAAGGAGGGCAUGGGUAAGAGGAUCCAAGAGGCGAAGACGAAGAUCCAAAACUGGGGGAAACAGGUCAGGAACAUCGAUGUGAGAAAAACGAUCGCGAGUUGGAAGGAGCGGGCAAAAGGCAUAUGAUGUGUAAAUAUGUCUGGGUCAAGACAAACAGCGCGGCUGUUUGUCAACCAGCUUUUCUUGGAUCAAAGUCAAUCACAUGGUCUUGAAAAGCAUCACAGGCUUUGCGAAUGCUUUUGCUGGUCUUGUCCUUGUGCAAUACCCGUUUUUUCGCAUCAUGACAUGCAUCCUAGCAAGAAGUAGAGUAUCGCAACUUCUUCUUUAAUUUAGCGUGGGGGGUCAGGCACCUCAUUGCACUCAUUUUUUUUGUUCUGCAUGGUCCUGACGCAACAAGCAUCGCAAAUGUGAAUCUUUUGCUUUCGAGAUGACGCAGACACAACUUUUGCAAUGCAUAGAGCCUGAACCUCAAGUCGUUGAGCGAUGGGAUGCGUGCUCUGAAGGACAAGGUCACAAACAUGAAGUUUCCCGGUUGGCCCAGCACGACCACGUCCAGCGGUACUACGAUCUACUUGCUUCAUGGUAAUUCUUCAUCGGUCUUUCUAUCGAAUUGUCGAUGUUUAGACUGAAAUUUUUGUUGGUGAACGAAUCACUCGAGAAAUAAGAUCAGAAGAUGAGAGUAUUGCAGAAGGAUAGACAAGAACUUCUUACGCGAAAGAACAACUCAUUGAUAACCUCACAUACAGCGAGCGGAUCAUCCACAUCCUCCGUGCAUCGCCGCACGGGCGGCAACGUCAGAGGCAGCAAGAAGAAGCGCGGCGGCUCCCGCUCGUCGUAGCGCGGCUCGAACCUCCGCUCCAAAAAUCUACCUGCUUUUCUUCGAGGAUUUAUUUCGUAGAACAAUGUACUUUUUGUUUUUGUUUUUCAGACAAACAUGAAAUUGACGACCCGGAAAGUAGUUGCGACUACAACUUCAAUAUAAGCAUCUUCGUGAUCAUUCGGGAAGGUCUUGAUCUCGUUUGAAUCGUGACAAAAACGGAAUCAACCAUAGCCCGUUGUACAAUAACAUAGCUUGAACAAGACGGUCCCACUGUUCAUCAAGGUUCUGCUACAAGGCCGCAGCUUAUGUCGCGUAGUGGGAGGGUGAACGAGUGGACAGGGGGGAAAGAAAAACGCCAGAGGGUGGGCAAGGGAAAAAAUUUUUGAUGCAGGGCGGGGCCAGGCAUCUGCGCCGCUUCUUGCUGCCAGAACGUAGGCGGGGCGCCAUGGCGCCCGUGGCUCCAGUCUCUGCGCGAGCGCGAGGACCUCACCCGCAUGGGCGUGCAUUUGCGUGGCGGCAAGUUUUAGGCCCAAGCAACGAACAACGCAAAGCGCGGUAGCGGGCGGGCGCCAGUGGGCGGGCGGAGGAAGCAGGGGAACAGUCCGCGCCAUGCGAGGCGUUGGCGCGUGACGCCAUGCCCGCGCGUUUGCGGCGUGGCCCGUUCGCGCCGCCUGCCUUUGCGCCCCGGUUGUCCCUGCGCGCCUUGGUGCCCCCCGCGCCCUUCCCCCGCGCGCAGCCUCGCAGAGCGGGGGGCCCUGCCGCGCGCGUGGAUGGAGGCAGCACGGGCGCCGGGGCGGGGCACCCCCCAGGCGCAGGGGCCCACCACCCUUCCCCAGCACCCCCGGACAACAGCGGCGCCCCCCGCGUUAGCCCGCAUGCAGUAAUCUGCUCCGCCCCCGCCUGCUAGCCUCGCGCGCACCCACCGCCCAAGACAGAGGCGGCGGACGGUGGCGCCCUCUGCCGGCCUCCGCGUGAGGUGGCGCCCUCUGCCGGCCUCCUCGUUUGGAGUGAGCGGAAGGAGGGCGCCGGGGGAGGGUGGUGGGCAGCUGCCCGCCUGCAAACCUGGUGCCGGGGCGCGGCUUUCCCUUCGCGAACAGAGGGGGGGCGUCGGGGGAGGGUGGUGGGCAGCUGCUCGCCUGGGGCUUGGCCGCCGGCGGCGUUACCCGUGCCCCCCGCCUUCUUUGCGCCCCCCGCCCGCCCGUGUUUCCAUCCCGUUAUCCCCGUGUUUCCCGGUUCGCCGUGCUUCCCGCUUUCCCCGUGCUUCCCGCCUUCCCCGUUCUCCCCGCCGUCCCCGUGCCUCCCGCCCUUCUCGUGCUUCCCUCUUUCCCCGUGUUUCCCUCUUUCCCCGUGCUUCCCGUUUUCCCUAUGCUUCCCGCUUUCGCCGUUCUUCCCGUCUUCCCCGUUCUUCCCGCCUUCCCCGUGCCCCCCGCGCGCCUUUCUCGUGCUUCCCGCUUUUCCCGUGCUCCCCGCUUUCCUCGUGUUUCCCGCCUUCCCUAUGCUCCCCGCCUUCCCUAUGCUUCCCGCCUUCCCUAUGCUUCCCGCUUUCCCCGUGCUUCCCGCUUUCCCUAUGCUUCCCGCCUUCCCUGUGCUUCCCGUCUUCCCUAUGCUUCCCGCUUUCCCCGUGCUUCCCGCUUCCCGCGUGCCCCCCGCUUUCCCCGUGUCUCCCGCCUCCGCCGUGCUUCCCGCUUUCCCCUGGCUUGCCGUUUUCCCCGUGCUUCCCGCUUUCCCCGUGCUGCCCGCUUUCCCCGUGUUUCCCGCUUUUUACCGCUUUCCCCGUGCUUCCCGUUUUCCCCGUGCUUCCCGCUUUCUCCGUGAAUGCUUCCCGCUUUCUCCGUGAGUGCUUCCCGCUUUCCCCGUGCUUCCCGCUUUCCCCGUGCUUCCCGCUUUCCCCGUGCUUCCCGCUUUCCCCGUGCUUCCCGCUUUCCCCGUGCUUCCCGCUUUCCCCCUGCUUCCCGAUUGCGAAAGAUUUUGGGGAUUGCAAAGCGUUUCGGGGAUUGCGAAAUAUUUUGGGGAGUGCAAAAUAUUUUGGGGCUUGCAAAAUAUUUUGGGGGUUGCAAAAUAUCUUGGGGAUGGCAAAACAUUUUGGGGAUUGCAAAAUAUUUCCGGGACUGCAAAAUAUUUCGGGGAUUGCAAAAUAUUUCAGGGAUUGCAAAAUAUUGCGGGGAGUGCAAAAUAUUUCGGGGAUUGCAAAAUAUUUCGGGGAUUGCAAAAAAUUUCGGGGAUUGCAAAACAUUCCGGGGAUUGCAAAAUAUUUCGGGGAUUGCCAAAUGUUGGCCGUUGGCCGUUUGCGAUUUAGCCCUUUGCGAUUUGGGCGUUUGCGAUUUGGCCGUUUGCGAUUUGGCCGUUGGCCGUUUCCGAUUUGGCCGCUGGCCGUUUGCGAUUUGGCCGUAGGCCGUUUGCGAUUUGGCCGUAGGCCGUUUGCGAUUUGGCCGUUUGCGAUUUGGCCGUUGGCCGUUUGCGAUUGGGCCGUGGCCGUUUGCGAUUUGGCCGGUUGCGAUUUGGCCGUUGGCCGUUUGCGAUUGGGCCGUUGGCCGUUGGCCGUUUGCGAUUUGGCCGUUUGCCGUUUGCCGUUUGCCGUUUGCCGUUUGCCGUUUGCCGUUUGCGAUUUGGCCGUUGGCCGUUUGCGAUUUGGCCGUUGGCCGUUUGCGAUUUGGCCGUUUGCGAUUUGGCCGUUGGCCGUUUGCGAUUUGGCCGUUGGCCGUUUGCGAUUUGGCCGUUGGCCGUUGGCCGUUUGCGAUUUCCCCUCUGACCGUUUGCGAUUUGGCCGCUGGCCGUUGUCCGUUUGCGAUUUGGCCGUUUGCGGUUUGGCCGGACGGUUGCCGUUGGCCGUUGGGCGGUGAGCGAUUUCGCAAAUCGCGACAACUUUAGAAAGUUUGAAAAGCGUGAAAAACUUUUCGGCGAAGGCGAUUUUCCUCCCUGUUGCAAAAUUUUAACUUGCGCAGCUCAGCAAUAGGAGUUAUAGUUUUCUGCUGACAGUGCAGCACCACCAGAAUUAGAUACCACGUCAAGCAGUCGGGCACCAGCACUUUCGUACUAGUAACUCUUCUUCAACGCAGUUAUUCAGACGUGCCAACGACUUCACAGCAAUCCUGUAAACUUGACAUUGUCACUCUUCUGUUUUUGAUAUUCCUGUAAAUUAAAGCUCAAGUCCUCGCGGAAGAACUUGAAUUCGAUUUUAGAAUGGAGAUUUGUUUAGAUUGAUUUGGCGGAUUCGUUGCUUGUCGGAAGAAGAUGAUAAAAAAUGUAUAUGUUGAGCAUGCGAAGUCAGCAAUGGUGUUGAUGCGUUUUGCCGUUGUUGUGAUUCUAGUGGACCAGGACAUUGUUCCUGCAGGACGUCGGUGGUCACAU